AUGGAUCCUUCUAAAAUAGGCACUGAGGAAUGCAGCAGCAGUGAAUCCGGGUGGACGACGUACAUAGCCUCCCCGAACCCAGAGGACGAAUAUGCCGAUCAGAACGAAGAAGAUGACGACGAUGAUGAUGAUGAUGAUGAUGGAAGCGUAGCCCAAAAAGGGUUCAAAAAGGUUGCGCGAGAAGAGGCAGCAGCUGAUAGUGAUGAUUCGAUGGCCUCGGAUGCAUCCUCUGGUCCAACUGAUCAAUAUUAUUAUCUCGGAAGAAGCCAUGGAGGUUUCAUCCAUGCAGGGAGAAACAAUCAGAGAAAAUGGACUGCAAAGAAACAGGAAGAGAAGAAGAAACAGAUAAAAGGAGAAAAGGACAAAUCAGGCAACAGUGCAAGAAGAUUGAAGAAAUUUUAA